GCACAAUGAAAUCACUAUUAGUGGGAAUGAUUGUUUUUAUUUUUGAAAAAAUCUUUAUUUUGGCCAACUUGAAAGUGUUUAGUGUAUCGUCAAAAAAAAGCAGAUGCAGGCAGCCUUGCAAUGUUCCUUUUAUCAAGAGAGGUGACUUGCUGGAAGUUCCUAGAACACUGUUUGUUCAUUUUGGAAUCUAUUUAGGGAAUAACAAAGUGGCCCAUUUGAUGCCGGAUAUUCUUCCAGCUCUGUCAGAUGAUACAUGUUUAAUAAGGAGAGUAGUGACGAACAAAAGGCUUAUAAUGGGCGUUUUGGCCAAGAUAGCCAGCAUAAGAGUGGACUCUGUGCAGGAUUUUGCCUAUGGUGGAAAUAUCUUAGUAAACCACAUGGACAAAAGCUUCAAGACAAAACCUCUCACUAAUGAAGAAGUGGCUCGGAGAGCAGAGAAACUGGUUGGAUCUACACCUUACAGCCUUCUGUGGAACAACUGUGAGCACUUUGUCACUUACUGCAGAUAUGGCAUGCCUGUCAGCUUUCAGACUGAGAAGUUCUGUGAGACAGUAAAGAAGAUAAUUCGAGAUCGGAGAAGCAUUUUACUUUCUGCUGCUAUUGGCAUGGCAUCAUUCCUAUGUAUGGGCUUUGGACUGUACACCAUCCUUCCCAGUUUUUUCAUUACCUUUACAUUGUGGAUGGCAAGCUAACCAUACUGGACUACAACAAGCCAGCAAUGUACAUGAUUUAGAAAGCAUAUCAUGGGCUGCCUGAAUAUUAUUGACUGAAGGUCCCAUUGGCACUGCAUGAUCUUGUCCCAUCCCAAGCAUCAUAAUCAAUGUGUGGAAGAAAAAGGAACGGUGUACAACAUAGUUCAGUCAUUCAGUACCUGUACUAUAAUUAAUGUUUACAUUUGCUAAAUAUUAUUACUGUUUAAGCUGUUUAUUUUCUUCUAUGUUAUUACAAGUGAAUAGUCUCAGUACAAUGGGAGUUGUGGCUAUACAACUAUUAACAUGUACACAUAAGAUCAUCUUUAUAAAGCUGUGUAAAAGUAUUAUAAUAUCAUUACCAAUGACAUUAUCACACCAUGAUUCUCCAUGUAAAAGCAUACAUAUAAGUGUAAAAUAUUUCACACAGCUUUAUUAGUAUGGCCCAAAGUCUUUUGUGAGCAACAUAUAGAACAGCAGAACCAGAGAACCUGGAAAAGAAGUAGCUAAAUAAAUCAUGGGCUACAAAACAAAAUCCCCUAAGCUGUUACAGAGCAAGCUGUGAGUGAAAGCUUUAGGCAGUACUGAAUGAUACCUCAUGAACAGAGUGAAUCCAUUGGCAGCCUGUUUCUUUGAAAUGAAUUGCAUUUGGAUGUAUGUAUAUCUUUAUUUAUAGUGCAGCACUGUAUAUAUUUACAGUAGAGUUAUAGUUCAAACAGGGCACAAACACUACAAUAAACAAAUAUAAGUACAAUUGGUACAGUCAAGUGUCACAUGUUAAGAGACACAAGAGAAAGGCGGUCGCUGCCCUGGUGGUUUGUAGCACUUUAAAGAAAAUAUUGUUUUUAAGAUAUGAUAUUUACAUUAUGGUAUUAUUAUUGCAGGGACAACCUUCAGUGCAGUAGAUACAUACAUAUACCAAUCAUGGAUGAGAAUAUGAGCACAGACUGGAUAUAAGGCAAAUGCUAAAAGAGUAUUGUCCUCAAUUUUAAAAAUGCAUUUAUUAAAGCUUUUCCUGUUAAAA